CAUCGGACCUUCGAAAAGGGAAAUGGCGCUGUGACUAGCAGCGCGACGCUCGAUCGAGAAGUCUCGGGUUCGACUACAGAGCGCGCAAUUUAUGUUUAUUUUAUUAAUUGUUUCAAAACUAUUAAUUUUCCCAAUUGUAACUAGUGAGAGCAACUAACUCAUGCCAUUUCUUUUUGUAAUAUAUACAUGUAUGUAUGUACAUAUAUACUAGAGUGCUGCAUGAAUUCCAGAAAAACAAUGUUCGAACUAACAGUUCGUAAUAUACAAACAUAUGUUUAGACAGAUUUGCUAGAUAGAUUUUCUUUUGCCAUCCUACUUUUUUUUUUCUUUUCGUCCUAUAUGCCUUUAUAUUUAUAUAGUUUAAGUCAUAAAAUAAAUCCCUUUUUCUCAAAAGCAGCUGCAAAUAUUACAUGGCCGACGAAUAUUAUGCUGACACAGGUAGCUAGCUCUAAAUACAAUAAAGUAGCUUAGGCUUAUUCAAUAAAACAUUUCUAUAUAACCUAACUCCACCCUGAAAUGCUAUAACAGUCGUCUUAAAGAAUUCAUAAUGUCUCGUCGUGUUAGCUCGCGCUAUUUAUUUGAAACUGUAGGAAAUACAAGAACCUUUCGACACCAAAGUUGCAUCAAUAGCCAGAUUUUUGAAUGCCAGACGUGUCACAAUUUCGUCGGAAGAAAUGAGCCCUACAGUCAUCACUGGCUAAAUGUUUCCGAUAAUCAACACAUCAAAUUAAGCUUGGAAGAGAAGAAGUUGCUCAAGCUCAUCGAAUUACAACGCAUUCAAACAUUUGUUCUGUGUGAUGAAAGCGCACGGAGUCGUACUAAUGAAUUUUUAUUGGAAGCCGGUAUCGAAGCGGUUCCUCAACUACUCCGUUUCCUGAACUAUGGGGCCAAUCGGUUAGAGGUAACGAUUGGGUUUUAUGUGACAGUGCUAGGGAAGCGUAUGUAUUACGAGAGCACCCCUGUUAUAAUAGGCAAUCAUUUGGAUAUAAAGGAAACCGUGGAUAUGCUAUUCUCGAUAUUGCUAGAGAAGAUAACCAGCUUUGUAAUGGUAAAUCAUCGCGUCCCGCUAGAGGCAUGUGCUAUAAAACGCAUAAAAGUUAUGGUCAUGCGUCAAAUGUUUGGAAAGCCACAAAUACCUUUACAAUAUCGCGUUAAAGCCAAUACAAAUUAUUUACACAGCAAGCACACCAGAGGUACAAAAGUAAACAUUACGCUCCUCCAUAAAAGUCUUGCUGGCUGUUAUGAACAAAGUGUCGGAAACUUUCCAACAUCCCUGAAGGUUAACUUAUAUUGCAUACGAACAUGCUCUAGCACCAAGGAAAUUUUUGCGGUCCCCUAUCUGCUCAGAAGCGAGGAUGUGGAGAAAACGCCAACAUUUCUCAUACUUACAAAUGUUACAGGAGAGCUUGCAGGCUUACAUGAAAUACGAGAUGUUCGACGAUUUCUUAAAACUGACUCACAAGACCAUAUAUUUGAGUGUCGGCAGUGUAAGUCACAUUUUUCAAAUCGUUCACAGUACGCAUUACAUAAGCAAAUAAACUGUGGAGCUGGGUUUAUAGUUUGGCAUAUGGAGCAAGAAUCAUCGGAACUAUAUGAAAAUUGUUUGCUUUUGCCAAGACAGUAUUUUAAAUUUGCUUGGUUUGGUAUUGGACAUUAAUUUAGCUACCGAUUAAUUAAUUAUUCAUUCAUUAU